GAUUAUUGCACGCUAUACACUUGCACCAUGGCUGACUAUCUCGGACGCCCCUCAGACGGAGACUCUCCAUUCGCAAUAGGCAACAGGGCGAUGCGGGACACUUCCUCUCCACAGCCACCACAACAGCGCAACCCCGCUCCGAGGAACCAGUAUCCCCAGCCACCCCAGCAGCAGGCGCAGGCGUACGGCGCCCCAGUAGGUGUUCCAGUGAGAGGAUAUGCUGCUUCUCCGGGAUCCGGCGGUAGAAGCGGUAUGACAUCUCCAGGGUCAGGGCCCAGGAGUGGGAUGGUAUCGCCCAUUCAGGGGUCUUUCCCCCUUCAAGCACCACCACUACAACAACAGCAGGGACAAGGGUCAUACCAGCAACCUCAGAGACAAUACUCUAGCCCUCCUCAACAGCAACAAGCGUUCCAACCGCAACAGUAUCAACCUCGUCCUCAGUAUGCGCAACCCCAACAAGUCCGUUCACUGGGUUACGGUGGUGCUCCGUCGCCGAUCUCUCCGGGCACGGCAUCGAGUCAUCACGGGUACCCUCCGAAUCCAUCUUCAGAGAGCGGUUACGCACCUAUGCAGCAGCAACAACAACAACAGAACUACGGACAAGCAUCUCAGCAACACCCUCAUUAUGCGACAUCAACUCAGGGAAGACAAAGCCAGCAAGCCCAACAAGGCCAGUGGGGUCCGCAACAGCAUGUACAGACUAUGUCGAGUACGCCGACUGCGCCUAGUGCGGCUGAUAAUGCCGAGUUGAGGGAUAUGUUUGUUGCAUUCGAUAGUUCUAGAAGUGGGCAUCUUAGUGCUUUUGAUCUUCAAAAGUUGUUGGCAAAGGACGCUACCAUGGAUGCGAGAGAGGAUAGCGUCAAGAUGCUGAUGAACAUCUUUGACACUGAUCGAAGCGGGAGUAUCAAUUUCCAAGAAUUCGAGGGUCUUUACCGAUACAUCCAAGACUGGCACGGAAUCUUCCACCGCUUCGACCGCGAUUCUUCUGGUCUCAUCGACCGCACCGAACUCCAUUCCGCUCUUAUGGGCUUUGGAUUCUCCCUCCCUCCCGAGAUGAUUCGGAAAAUCGAAAAACGAUUCACCCCGCCCCCUGUACCGGGGAAAGAUGCGCCCAAAGGAAUCAGUUUUGAUAGGUUUUUGAUGGCUUGUGUGACUGUCAAACAUUAUACGGAAGGUUUCAGGAGGGUCGAUGAACGUAAAGAAGGCAAAGUGACAUUUAGCUAUGAGAGUUUUAUGGAAAUGGUCCUCGACGCUCCGGCGUGAAUAUCUCAUCCGCAUUUCCUUCCCCAACUCAACUCGACUUUUCUCUAGCUCGACUCAACUCACCCCAGCUCAUUUUCUUUUAUCCUGCAAGAAGGUCACCUCGAUACCCCAAUCCUCAAACCACAAACCCCCCAAAUCCCAACGCCUCGAUAUCAGCACUUUGCUCUUGUCACAAUGUUGAUGUCUAAACAAGUUUGGACAAUAAAUCCAGAAAUUUGUACCAUCCACUUGCCAAGUUGUAGCUGUAGCCAAUCAUCUCUCGCUCCUCUCUUUCACAUACAAAUGCCCACUCAAUACAGUCUGUUCAAAAUCAAAUAACAGUGAAAUUGCUGUUUGCAUGGACAGAACAGGACAGCACAUUUGGGAUAAUCAUUCUUAUGAUAGAUACCCUGUCAUGAAUACCCAUAUCACAGUCAGUCUGUACUUGCUGA